AUGGGCGCCGCCGGCUCCUCGGCGCUGGCCGGUCUCGGCCUCCCUGCCCCGCGCCUCCCCGCGCAGCUCGGGCCGGGCUGGCUCGGGGUCGCCGCGCUGGGUCUGGCCGUGGGGGCGCUGGGGGCCGUCGCCUGGCGCCGUUCGCGGCCUAGGCGGCCCGGGCGGCUGCAGCCGGUGGGCACCGUGGCGCAGCUCUGGAUCUACCCGGUCAAGUCCUGCAAGGGGGUGCCGGUGAGCACGGCGGAGUGCACCGCCAUGGGGCUGCGCAGCGGCCACCUGCGGGACAGAUUUUGGCUCGUGAUCAACCAGGAGGGAAACAUGGUUACUGCUCGCCAGGAACCUCGCCUUGUCCUGAUUUCUCUGACAUGUGAUGGUGACGCCCUGACUCUCAGCGCAGCCUACACAAAGGACCUGCUGCUGCCCAUCAAAACGCCCACCACAAAUAUAGUGCACAAGUGCAGGGUGCACGGCCUGGAGAUUGAGGGCAGGGACUGUGGCGAGGCUGCCGCCCAGUGGAUAACAAGUUUUCUAAAAACGAAGCCCUACCGCCUGGUGCACUUCGAGCCUCACAUGCGACCGAGAAAUCCUCACCAAAUAGUGGACGUGUUCCCCGCCAAAGGGCAGAUUGCUUACCCAGAUGCCAGCCCAUUCUUGAUUCUUUCUGAGGCAUCCUUGGCGGAUCUCAACUCUAGGCUGGAAAAGAAAGUUAAAGCAACUAACUUCAGGCCCAAUAUUGUAAUUUCAGGAUGUGGAGUCUAUGCGGAGGAUUCUUGGGACGAGAUUCUUAUUGGUGAUGUGGAACUGAAAAGGGUGAUGGCUUGUUCCAGGUGCAUUUUAACCACAGUGGACCCGGACACUGGCAUCAUGAGCAGGAAGGAGCCGCUGGAAACACUGAAGAGUUAUCGCCAAUGUGACCCUUCUGAACAAAAGUUGUAUGGAAAAUCACCUCUCUUUGGACAGUAUUUUGUUCUGGAAAACCCAGGGACAAUCAAAGUGGGAGACCCCGUGUACCUGCUGGGCCACUAAUGAGAACCAUAUGUCCUGGAAUAUCAGGAAAAGAGAAGAGAAAGAGGAAGAGUGGGUGAGCCAGAAGAAUGUUCUGGAAUGUUUUAUCACCUCUAUGCACAGCGCAUGCAGUGAAAUUUAAAUUGCUCCCCAAAUAAGGCUGGAAUGCAACUUCAUUUUUCUCCUCAAUCCUCAGGCUAGUUUUUCAAAGGCCAUACAAAGCCUGACUUGCAAGAAGCACUUUAGAUAUUAAUUUUCCAUAGAUCUUCUUGGAUCUGGCACUGUUAUUUCUCAGAUAUCAUUCAGUUUCCUAAAAGUGCUCAGAAAGGUGGCUGUGCUAUCAUGAUGGUCUUCUGGAUCCUUGCUGGUCCCCUCAACUCUUGACUCGGUAAAAUUCAGGGUGAAGAAAUUCUGAAGUCUGUGGAAGAGAAGAACACUGAUUGUGUGAUUUGAAAUAGAUCACUGAAAACCUUUAAAAGGAGAAAAGGAAAGGAUAUGUCAGUUUAUUUAAAAUCCAAUAUCUAAUUUUUUACUGAUCAAACUAUGUAACUCAGAGUUCUGAGGAAGUGUGUCUCAUGUCGCCAUUUUGUCCUUUGAUUGUAUUAGGAAGUUAACUAAAUCAUGAAAAAUGUUUCAAAAACCGUAAAUAAAUGGAAGCUACUUUGGCUAGUUUCAGAUUUGACUAACUUCUUGGCACAAGGUCAGACUUUAAAAACUGACUGAGGUGAACAGACACAGCUAACUAACUUCCGACGCUGGCCAGAGCCCGCGCCUCUGCAGGAGGGACCUGCCCACACAGCAUCCCGGAGACACACAUCUUUGAAGAGCUAACAAGUAAACAUGCUUUUUACCAAAAACUGUGCAUUUUUCACUUUAGUUUAUUAAAAAGGUCAGUGAUCACUGAAAAUCUAGCUGUGCUUUGCGGUAAAGUUACAAGUUAACAAGUG